GGGCACAUCUGGCGAAGUCCAAAGUGUCUCCUUCUUAAAAAGAAGUUGCCACUUCCGCCCAAGGCGUUUCAGUCACUAGUAACUUGGAAUGGUAAUCUGUUUAACGAAACAGUAACAUUGUAGAAAAGGGCGUCCUAACAUGAAAAAUUGCGAACUGAUGGAAAGUGAGACAGGCAAACAUCGUCCAAAAUGAAGACCGCGAAUUUUACUACCAGUGAAGGGGUAACUUUUUAGGGUAAGAUUUGAGAAGGAUUUCUGCUUGGUUAAGCAACUGGAAGACCAUGAAAUAUGAGUGGCACUAACAUUACAGGAGCUGACUGGCUUUCGUCCUCGAACUUCAAUGGCUCCAUGUACAAUGCAUCCAGCAAAGGUUAUCCAGCCAACUUCAGCUGCGACAAUCCCAGCAGCAACAACUCCUGCAUCGAGGAACAGACGACAGAGAGCCCCUACAAGACGGUGGAAAUGGUUUUUAUUGCCUUGGUGACAGGCUCCCUCAGUUUUGUCACCGUAGUGGGCAACAUCCUGGUGAUGCUCUCCAUCAAAGUCAACCGGCACCUCCAAACGGUCAACAACUACUUCCUCUUCAGCCUGGCAUGUGCUGACCUCAUAAUCGGGGCCUUCUCCAUGAACCUCUAUUCUGUCUACAUCAUUGUUGGGUACUGGCCACUGGGGCCUGUAGUGUGUGAUCUGUGGCUGGCCCUGGACUAUGUGGUCAGCAAUGCCUCGGUCAUGAACCUCCUCAUUAUUAGCUUUGAUCGGUACUUCUGCGUGACCAAGCCCCUGAGCUACCCUACCAGACGGACAACUAAGAUGGCUGGGCUGAUGAUCGCAGCAGCCUGGAUCCUCUCCUUCAUCCUCUGGGCUCCCGCCAUCCUGUUCUGGCAAUUCAUUGUUGGAGAGCGCACAGUCCCACCGGGGGAGUGCUACAUUCAGUUCCUCUCCAACCCCGCCGUGACCUUUGGUACGGCCAUCGCCGCCUUCUACCUGCCCGUUGUCAUUAUGACCGUCCUCUACAUCCAAAUCUCGCUAGCAAGCCGCAGCCGCGUGAAGAAGCAGAAGCCCGAGGCCAAGAAGGAGAAGUCCCUCAAGUCCAGCAGCCUACUCAAGAGCCACAUCCUCAAGCAGAACAACAACAACUCCUCCUCUAAGCCCAGCACAGAGUCCAGCAUUGAGGGUGUGAAGAAUGGUAAGCUGGACGAAACAGUGUCCACCAAAGCUGACUCCAGUGUCCAGCCUGAGGAGAAGGAGACCUCCAAUGAUUCUAGUACAGCCAGCAUCGCCCCCAAGGACACCAAGGAACAGGCCAACAGCAUAGCCGCCUCAGAGCGCACAGCUCUCACUCCCUCCCCCUUACCCACCAAAAUAAACCCCUCCUCUAAGUGGUCGAAAAUAAAAAUUGUCACCAAGCAGUCCGGGGAUGAGUGCAUCACCGCUAUCGAGAUUGUGCCCCCAAACAAUGCCGGAAACAACUCCAUCUCCAUCAGCCGACCGAGGACGGUGGCCCGGAAGUUUGCCAGCAUCGCCCGAAGUCAAGUCAAGAGGAAGCGGCAGAUGGCAGCGAGGGAGAAGAAGGUGACUAAGACCAUCUUCGCCAUCCUCCUGGCCUUUAUCAUAACAUGGACUCCCUACAAUGUCAUGGUACUCAUCAACACCUUCUGCCAAUCCUGUGUCCCUGACACGGUAUGGGCCAUUGGCUACUGGCUGUGCUAUGUCAACAGCACUAUAAAUCCUGCAUGCUAUGCCCUCUGCAAUGUUACUUUUAAAAAGACCUUCAAGAACCUCCUCUUGUGCCAAUAUAAAAAUAUUGGCACAAGGUAAGCCUGAGUGAAAAGACUCUUGACUGUGCUCACUGCCCUGAUAGCUUGUGGAUUUUAACCCUCACAUAAUGGCUCUGAAGGUACCAAUUCUGAAGAGGCACAAUAGUCUUUCCCAUCCUCUGAAUCAAUGUGUAUUAUAGAAUGGAAGGGACUUUUUCACUGUAAAAAAUGGAUCCUGGUAAAAUCAAGAGUUUUCUGGUUUGAUGCAAGAUGCUGCAGCAGUAUAAUUUCAGUCCAUCGCAGCUGUGAAGGGCCAGCAGUAAUCUUUGCUAGUCUGUGGAACUGUAGAGACAAUCUUCAAACAAAGCACAGCAAAAAUGGUGUCCGGUCAUAAAACUCUCACCGCUCAAUGGAGAACUGAGUAAGGGUAAUGUCCUUUUCUGAGAUUCUACAGAUCACAAGUUGCAGUUUCGAAUAAAAAAAACCUAACUUUUCUUAAAUCCUACAGAAUCAAGAGGAUUAUUAAAUCUUUUAGCUGCCAUUAAUACCUGCCAUUUUAGGCAUUGUGGCAACCUGCAAUUACCCCCACAAUUCACACACACACAAUUCAGUCAAGUUUAAGACAGAAUCAAAGCAAUUAGUUUAUCACACAUCUCCCAUUAAUAUUUCAGUUCUCCAUUAAAACAUCAAAUGACUUCCCAGACAGCACACUGAGAAAAGAGACUGAGGGCGAACAUAGAUGCUCUAUCACUUUCCAUCUGUGAGAGGUAGUCAUGACAUAGCAUAGAGGUAGUUUGCCUAUUGGCAAUGUCACGGCUAUUUUGAUUACUACUGCUCUGCUAUAGAUUAAGAUUUGUGUCAAAAGUAUAAAGCAAAACAUCAUUUGUUAUGAUCUAACAAAACGACAUAGGAAAAACAUUACUUGGAAUUUUUAGGUUUUACACUUAAAAAUCAGUAUUUUUAAACUACUUUCAUUCAUAAAUGUUUUGCUUGAUAAUUCUGAAAUCUAUCAAAAGUAUAAUGUUUUCUUUGAAUAUUUUAGCACAAAUUUGAUUCCACUGUAAAUGUCAUUGCUGUAACAUCUUCCCUAUGGGAAAACUACCUCCAUGCUAUGUUGCCCUACCUCCCACAGAUGGAGUGCAAUAGAGCACCUAUGGCAGUCUUACGUUGCUGUGUUCAAACAAGUAUUGUUUGAACUUUCAAACAGUACUUUUUCAGACAAACUAGGCACACAUUUAAGUGAUGUUUAUUCUGUAGAAAUAACAUCUGUGAUAUGGACCAGAUGCUCACUGAGGGCAAUCACAAGUUCCAAAAUCUCCAUCCCAGCUCCUUCUUGCAACAGUAUACAGUAAGUUUAGAUGUUGUGCUUCAAACAGAAACAGAUGAAACAAAGGUCCCAGUUUUAUGUGUUGCUAUCCUCUUGACUUUGCUCCUAAAUUCAAGCCAGUUAUAAUGCUACAACCUUUUGUGCCCAUUUUAAACAAAUUCUUGUGUAUAGAACUGUUAAACGAAACGUACAGGAUCUUGAAGCAAAUGGGGGGAACUUUUGAACAUUGUUUUCCUGCUCAUUUAGAGAAAUGUAAAUACUAUGCCUAUGUAUACAUAAAAUAUGUUGCAAGGAUACAGGAGUAUGGUUUCUCUUGUGUAAUUAAUAUCUGGAUGUGUGUAUUUCUGUUGUAUUUGGUUCAUCAUUAUCUAUCUAAAGGUGAUAUUCAUUUUCUAAAAUUUUACAAACUGAAAUUAAAAUGUUUCGCUGCCUGUAUGCAAAAAAAGCUAUAAAAAGGAUAUAUUUUUAAUUCCCUUUUAAGUUGAAAUUCCUGGGAAGAAAAAAAUAUGAAGAGUAUUUCAAUUUGUUUGAAAUGUGUUAGUUUAAUUCCUUUACGCAACCUGUCCCUCCCAAUUUUGAAUUCUUAUGUGUGACAGAACACAUUGUGGACAGAAGCUGAUGUUAAAAUACAGUACAUUGACUGUGUCUACAGAAGUUCUGAUUAACUGUUUUUUCCACUUUUGCUUCUUUCAUUUUUCUUGCCUAUUACACUUUAUAUUAAGGGAACAAUAUGCCUAUGCAAUUGCACAGUUGUUAAGGAAGUAUAAACAAGCACUGUGUGACUACGUUGUUACAUAACAUGUAGAAUUAGGCCUACAGAACUGUUCGAGUAGUUUGAUUAAUUGGUUUUAAGGAUGUUCAUGGGGUUACGUUCUGAGUAGACGAUGCAAUUAGUUAGGGAAAAAGUUUGAGUUUUGCUAAUAAAAGAUGAAAGGUAUCAUUUUAAAUACAUUUAAAAAAGACCAAAUUUUAAAACUGUGUAAAUGUGUAUGUACAUAGCAGCUGCAACAACCAUAGUAACAAUUACAUAGUUAUAGCUGUCUUCUUGAUAUAAAGUGUUACAGUACCUUGUUGCCUUAUUGAACCUUCAGAACAUUGCAUCCCAUGCUGAGAUGAUUGAAACUGUACAGCAUGCUGUGAUAAAGAGCUCAUGCAUUAUGUUGACAUAGAGAAACCAGCUUCUGCCAUUUUUAUUAGUCACAGUAGUUUCAUGAAAUCAAAAGAAUUCAUAUUUGACAUGUGGCAAAGAGUAUGACAGCUGUGCAUAAAAAUACUGUAUGGGCAAUUCCUUGGAUGACACCACCACAAUGAUAAUUAGGACACACCAUGUUAUUUUCCCUUAAAUAUCCAACAAUGUACAGAAGAUUGUAUUGUUUUUUAUUGCCUAAUGCUAAAUAAAUAUCUUGUAGUUAUGAAAAA